AUGCCAUUUUGUUUGUCCAUGUCCGCAAAUCAAACGCCACACCUGAUGGUGUUGCUCUUUCGGGUGGAGGUAAACGUUCAACAUUUGACUUGAGUGCAUGCACACAGUCACAUGCAAGUUCAGCUCCACUAACGCCUUUGUUUGCAUUAACAACACGUUCACACAUUUCUCGGAUUACAACCCGUUUUAUGCAGCGUUUAGCAAUUAACAUCGUACUCCGUUUAAACGUCCGUCUGAACGAGUUCGAGAAUUCUCUUUCGAAGAAUAUUUGCGUUUAAGAAAUGGUUGUUUUGGGGAGCAAUGGUCAGUGGAGUCUUCCUGUUACGCAGGUUUUAAAAGUUCUUGUGUGUAGCGUCAAGGUUACACCCAUGGGAUAUCUGAUCUGAUGGGAUCUAACGUAUUGAGAGCUUUUGUUUGGUUUGAGACGUUUUGUGCUUUUUGCAGCAGACGAGCCUGAGAAAUUCGGCGUGUGGACGCUAUUUAUUUCUCAACGAUUUAAAACCUUUUGACUUUAUAUCUUGCACUUUUAAGUUUGGGAGGGCAGACCUGGAGUCCAAAAAAAAAAAAAAAACCUGAAAUUUGAUCUCACAUAGGACUAAAAAUCUCACUACAGACACUUCAAUUCUAAGUCUUCAGCAGCUUGUUCAUUACGUCCCUUUACGUUGACAAGUGCUAUCAUGGAGACAGAAGCUAAGUCACAGGAAACAUCUCCACUUACGUUUGAAGGCAUGUGGUGGGGGACCCUGGGGUCCGUGCGUCCCUUCCCAAAUUUUCGUCCCGAGAGAGAUGUUGCAGUCCUUCACACUGCACUGGAGAAGAAAGAUGUGAGCACAGUUGUGAGAAUAAUAACCAACCGCAGUAAUGCUCAGAGACGAUCUCUAGCCCGGGCGUACAAGAAUUUCUCACAAAAGGAAUUGGAAGCAGGUCUGAAGAAGAUCCUUUCUGGUGAUCUGCAGUCUCUGAUACUUGCACUGAUGAUGAUACCAGAGCAGUUUGAGGCUCAUCGUUUACGCAAAGCCAUGGAGGGUGCUGGAACAGAUGAAGAAACUCUUUUAGAGAUUUUGUGCACAAGGACGCCACAACAGCUCUCUGACAUCAGGGCUGCAUACAAUCAAGAGUAUAAGCGGGAUUUGGAGAAAGACUUAAUAAGUGAAACCAGUGGAGAUUUCGCGAAGCUCAUCGUGGCAUUAUUGAAGAAAGAGAAUGGACCAGGAAUUAUUGACCAAGAUAUAUCAUCUUUAUCCGAGGAACUGAAAAACAAGAAGCCUGCGGCUGAUCUUUGGAUUCAAAUACUCACCACAAGAAACCCUGACCAUCUCAGAAUUGUGCUGGAAAGACUGGAGUUUGAGAAAGGCCAGACAGCGGAGGAUGCUUUAGAGGGACAUUUUAAAGGAAUCCUCUCUGGAGACCUGAAAAAGGGCUUAAAGACUUUAGUACGAUGUAUACAGAACCAGUAUUUAUUCUUGGCAAAACGGAUCCAGACUAUGAAAGCAGCGGUUCUCCAGGGUGUGAUGGUGGCUCACAGUGAGGAGGAUCUACUGAGUGUUAGAGCGGCGUACCUUCAGUUAACAGGAACUUCACUGUACACAGCCUUACAGAAGCAGUUUAAAAGUGAACUCCAGCAGGGUUUGCUGGCUAUAUGCCGUGCAGAAGAUUAGAAGGCAUUUUGUGUAUAACGCACAUGAUAAACAUAAUGAGCAAUUACAACAAUUACAACAACAAACGCUUUGUGUGUGAAAAUAAAUAAAUAAAAUGUAACUGGGAAUGUAAGUGAA